GCCGCCAUGUUAGGUCGGGACGGUGAACUCGGGCUCGGCUGAGGGGUGACCCACCGCCCGUCGCCUCCCCCCUCCGCCUCCUGGCGCGCGUGGAAGUGCAAGCGGCACCCCUGCUUCCCGGCUCCUCCCCCUCCCUCCGGCCUGGGGUUGUGACGGAGCCUCUGGGAGCGGCGGCGGGGCUCGCUCUUCGCCCGAGGAUCCCGGCCGGCCGGGGCUCAUGGGGCGGGCGCGGAGGGGCUGAGCGCUGCGCGGGGGAAGCGGCGCCGGGGUCUCUCGCCGGCCCCUCUUCGGAGCAGGCAGCCGGAGUUGCAGCCGGGCCGGCUCCUCGGGGCUUGAGGCGGAAGCUAGAGCGCCCUCCGCCCGCUCUCCGGGAAGAGAGGGAGUAGCAGCAGAAGGCGAAGGGGGGGCCCCGCCGAAAGCAGAAAAGACCAUGGGGUGCAUUAAAAGUAAGGAAGAUAAAAGUCCUGCUAUGAAAUAUAGAACUGAGAAUACGCCAGAACCCACUGCCCCCCACGUCGGCCAUUAUGGAUCAGAUUCAACUCAAGUCAACCAGUCACCUGCAGUAAAGGGAUCAUCAGUUAAUUUUAACAGCCAUUCUGUAACUCCUUUUGGUGGGCCAUCUGGUAUGACGCCUUUUGGAGGAGCAUCUUCCUCGUUUUCAUCUGUGCCAUGUCCAUAUCCUUUAACAGGUGGUGUUACUGUUUUCGUGGCCUUAUAUGAUUAUGAAGCCAGAACAACAGAUGACCUUUCAUUCAAGAAGGGUGAACGGUUCCAAAUAAUAAACAACACGGAAGGAGAUUGGUGGGAAGCAAGGUCUAUUGCAACAGGAAAGAGCGGCUAUAUCCCAAGCAAUUAUGUUGCUCCUGCAGAUUCCAUUCAAGCAGAAGAAUGGUAUUUUGGUAAGAUGGGCAGGAAAGAUGCAGAAAGAUUACUUUUGAAUCCUGGGAAUCAACGUGGUAUUUUCUUAGUUCGAGAAAGUGAAACCACAAAAGGUGCUUAUUCCCUCUCUAUACGUGACUGGGAUGAGGUUAGAGGCGAUAAUGUGAAACACUACAAAAUCAGAAAACUUGAUAAUGGUGGAUAUUACAUAACUACUAGAGCACAAUUUGAAUCAUUGCAAAAGCUGGUCAAACACUAUACAGAGCAUGCUGAUGGCCUGUGUCAUAAGUUAACAACUGUGUGUCCUACUGUGAAACCUCAGACGCAAGGUUUAGCAAAAGAUGCUUGGGAAAUUCCUAGAGAAUCCUUACGGCUAGAAGUCAAGUUGGGGCAAGGAUGCUUUGGUGAAGUAUGGAUGGGAACAUGGAAUGGAACCACAAAAGUAGCAAUCAAAACACUAAAGCCUGGUACAAUGAUGCCAGAAGCUUUCCUACAAGAAGCUCAGAUCAUGAAGAAAUUAAGACAUGAUAAACUUGUUCCACUUUAUGCAGUUGUAUCUGAGGAGCCAAUCUACAUAGUCACUGAAUUCAUGACAAAAGGUAGCUUACUAGACUUCCUUAAAGAAGGAGAAGGGAAAUACUUAAAGCUUCCACAAUUGGUGGACAUGGCUGCUCAGAUUGCAGAUGGCAUGGCCUACAUUGAAAGAAUGAAUUACAUCCAUAGGGACCUUCGAGCAGCUAACAUCCUUGUGGGGGACAACCUUGUAUGCAAAAUUGCAGACUUUGGUUUAGCAAGGUUAAUAGAGGACAAUGAGUAUACUGCCAGACAGGGAGCCAAAUUCCCAAUUAAAUGGACAGCACCUGAGGCUGCACUGUAUGGUCGGUUUACAAUUAAAUCUGAUGUUUGGUCAUUUGGAAUAUUGUUAACAGAGCUCGUAACAAAGGGUCGUGUGCCAUACCCAGGUAUGGUGAAUCGGGAAGUUCUAGAACAAGUGGAACGUGGCUACAGAAUGCCUUGUCCUCAAGGAUGCCCAGAAUCACUUCAUGAGUUGAUGAAACUGUGUUGGAAGAAAGAUCCUGAUGAAAGACCAACAUUUGAAUAUAUUCAGUCUUUCUUAGAAGACUAUUUUACAGCUACAGAACCACAGUAUCAGCCUGGAGACAAUUUAUAAACCCAUAGCCUACAUACAGUGCACAAAUCUGCCAAAUGUAAAAUAUUUUCAAAAAAAUCCUUGCUGAUUUGAAGGACUCAGAAGAAAGCAAAUAGCUGUCAUUUGCAUGCUUGAUGGCUAGCAAACUGGAAUUCCAGAAUACAGGUGCACAAAACCACUUUUUAAAGUGUUAUUCCCAAAUAUACCAAAUGAUGUGAUAUUUGUCUCCCUUAUUGUUUCAGGGUCCAAAGAAAGAAUACUUUAAAAAAAAUGGGUGGUCCAGUUAGCAUUACCAUGGCAGUGUGGGAGCAGAGCUGCUUAACUCCUUAUUUUCUUCUUCUGACAUUUCAUCCGUUGUACUAAAGGCAAAAACAGCAAUUAUAGAAACCUCUAAAUGGAAAUGGUCAAAGGAUAACAAAACUUAUGGGACCAAACAAUUCAAUUCCAGUUUUAUAGAAAUGUCCUGUGAUCAAAAUAAAACCAAUUAAAAAAAUAUAGUCCUGAUUUGGGGGUUAUGUUACAUGAAUUUAAUUAAGGUAGGGGAAAUGGGAUUUUAAAAAAUAAAGAGAGCAGACAGUUUAUGGUAAACUUGAUUAAAUACUAGACCUCAGUAGUGAAACUGAAUAGCAUAAUGCACUGUGUUAAUACUUUAUGUUAAUGUAACUGGAAAGUAGCAUAUGGGCGUUACUUUUUUCCUGCAUAGCUUAAUUAAGAAUGAUGAAGUAACUAAAACUAUGGUUAUGUUAAUAGAGUGUAAUGUUCAAACUUGAAACCACAAAAUGCAAUCAGAGGGAAAGUAUGAAUCUAUAAUCUUUUGAGAUGUGUUCUUUCAAAGAGAAAUUUCCAGUGAAUCAUACCCUGGUUUUGUGUUUGGUUUUUUGUGUGUGUUUAUUUUUUGAGAAGAAGAAGAAACAGACCUGUGUGAGAGAAGAAUGUGGUUGAUUCUUACAAGUGCUUCCAAGGUAAAAUGUCACUAGUUCAGGGAUUUGUAUGGUUUCACUUGUACUUUUUUUUACAAAGUUGGUCAUAUGUUUAUACACACACAAAACAACAAAGUAUUUAUGGAGAAAAACAUUGAAAACAUUGAGUAAUUCAAUAUCUUCAGUACUGAGCUAAUGGUGGCAAACCAUUCAUGGGCAAGCAGUCCAGCUUUCAAGCACUACAUUUAGGCUCCAACUGAAAAAGAGGAGGAAUGGAGAAGGAGGGGCUGUACGUACAUAGCCUCCCCCCCCCAUUACAUGGAUAGGUAGAGGCCAGCAAGGGGAAAAGUCCAUCUCCCUGUCAAAUAGCAGUAAACUGGGAUUUUUACUGUACAAAAAGCGCUUUACAAGGACAUCACUAGCUAGUGGAUCUAAUUGCAUUUUUGGUUCCCCAUUCAGUUAGUGAUAUGCAUACACUAAUUUUCUUCCACAUGCAUUGUCUCCAGCUAUAUUGGGGCAUAGAGGUAUGUUCCAUAACCUCUGACAUAUCAAGCAAUAAAAUCCUAUUGAUAUUGUUCAGAUUUACCAGUUAUACUCUAAAUAUUGUUUGUUUUGCACUGCAAAGCUUUCUGUGAACUAUCAUCAGACAGAUCAUACAGAUUAUGUUCUGGUAUAACAAAUGUAAGUGUUCAGGUAAAAUUAUGCAAUGUUGCUCUGUUUUUCCUUAUAUAUCCCUA